AUGUCCAAAAGAACUAACAAACACACUUUGCACAAAACAACAAACCAAAGGAUUCUGAAACCUUCAAGUCCUACUACCACUGCAACAAGUUCUCCUCUCAAUACGACUAUUCCAGCAACUCGUACAAGCCCUCUCAUGACCUCUCAUCAUUCUUCUUCAACUAGUGUUGAGAGUAUGGUGAUGAGAAAUAAUAUUAAUACGAAUCAUAAUGACCAUGGAAGAAUAAUUUCAUAUGCAACUAUAGCUCGAAAAGCAGCAAAUUCUGUCGGUCCGAAUUCACAUCUCUCGUCGUUAUGGAAUUUACUUUGUGAAGAUGUUUGGUGUGAAAUUUUGAAUUAUUUGGAUUCGAAAUUUCUAGUGUUGAAUUGUAUGACAGUUUCGAAACAAUUUCAGAAAGCAUGUUUAAGAGUUCAGUUGAAAUUGAGAAUUAUACUUCCAAAGAAACCAAGACAUGUCAUUGUACGACAAUUGGCAUCGAGUCCUUACAUGAAAAAUUUAACAGAAUUGACAAAUGACAGGAUCAGCAAAUAUGAACACUAUCAUGCUAGUUCUAUCCGUCCAUUACUCUCCAGUACCUAUUUAACCAAUUUAAAGAGCCUUUCCUUACAAGGAGUGAAACUUAGUAAUUUAAUGGAUUUAUUGACUCAUCCAAGCACAAGAACUUUAUCCAAUUUAACACAACUCAAUCUACGUUGUAAUCAAUUGACAGAAUCUGAUAUUGCAAAAUUAGCAAAUUGUUCACAUUUCAAGAAUCUAUCUACUCUCAUGUUGGGUUACAAUGAUCUGAAAAGCAAUAGUGUAAAAUAUUUGGCAGAGAGUCGUUACAUGAAACAGUUAACACAUUUAAAUUUGAAAUAUAAUUCUAUUGAUAAUGCAGGAAUAUCUUUCGUUGCACAAAGCUCGAAUUUAGUGAAUCUUCAAGUGCUCAACUUGGCUUUUAACAAAUUUGGAAAUGAAGGAUUGAGAACAUUCGUCCAUUCGAAAAACAUGACGAACAUGACACGUUUGGAUAUGAGAUCUACCAUUAUUGAUAUUGAAGGUCUACGAUCAUUAUUGACAGUAGGUUCAUCCACUGCACACAAACUUUCAUCGCUUAAAUUUUCACGAAUUACCAUCGACGAUUCAAGUCAAAUUUCACUCAUUGAAGAAUUACCAAAUUUAACAUCCUUGGAAAUGCUUGGAACGAUUACUCAACUUUGGAAUGAUAAUAUCAUAUUUCAACUCUUUGGCUUGAAACAAAACCAUUUGAGCACACUAGCCAUCUCACGUGCCUCUCUGACGAAUCAAGACGUGAAAAUAUUGAUGAAUAGUUCAGAUGCAUUGAGUGGAAUUUCAACUUUAAAUUUAUCCAACAAUGAAAUUGGAAGUGAUGGAUUUAAAUAUAUUGCAACUAGUCUGAAUAUGCACAAUUUAACAAAUUUAGAUUUAAGUAGCAAUGCAAUUGGACCAGAGGCCAUGAAUUCCAUUCAACAUUUUAAAAAGUUACAAGUGUUAAAUUUAUCAGGAAACCAAUUAGGAGAUGAAGGUUGUUUAAAUUUAACCAAACAUGGAAAACAUUCAUUACGAUGGCUCAGUUUGAAAUAUAAUCAAGUAGGAGACAAGGGAGCACAGGCAUUAGCUCGAUACUCUCAACAAACUCUCCCUCGUCUUGCUUUUCUCGAUAUUGACUGCCUUUACAUGACCGAAGAAAGUAACAAAUUAUUACAAACGAAAUUUAAUUUUGAUUCAAAAGCUCUCAAUGAUUAUGGAAUUGUGCAAGAACGAAUUGAAGAAGAAGAAACAGUGGCAUUUGGAAGUAAAAAGUUUUUUCACUGA